UUCCCUCCGCUGCGGCGACGGAGCUGUCGGCGGCUGCUCCUGGUAACUAAAAGCCGCGGCGGCGGAGGCUGCUGAGCCCGCCUCGCGAGCUGGCGAGUUGAGUGGCGAAGAUAGCAACUUGACCAGCAACAUUUAUUGAAAAGACGGUUCUUUCUCCCCAGCACGCUGCAGUGGCACCUUUGUUGUAAUGUGGGUGGCUGAAUAUAGACCCUUUGGGACAGAUGGCCGUCAUGUUUAGAUAUUAGUAAUCACAUAUGUAUAUGUCUGUAUUUGAAAAUGGCAGAGGGAAACAACAAUGAAGAGGUAAUUCACUUAAACAACUUUCACUGCCAUCGGGGACAGGACUGGAUCAAUCUCAGAGAUGGGCCCAUCACCAUAUCUGACUCUUCUGAUGAGGAAGGGAUUCCGAUGCUGGUCACCCCAAAUCCUCAGCAACAUGAAGAAGAGGACCUGGAUGAUGAUGUCAUCCUGACAGAAACAAAUAAACCUCAGACAUCACGGCCCAAUCUCAUCAAACCAGCUGCCAAGUGGCAAGAUGUGAAAAGAUUGGGAGAAGAAAGGCCUAAAAAGUCUAGAGCAGCAUUUGAAUCUGAUAAGAGCAGCUAUUUUUCAGUGUGUAACAACCCAUUAUUUAAUUCUGGGGCACAGGAUGAUUCUGAGGAUGACUAUGGUGAAUUUCUGGAUCUUGGAUCUCCUGGAGUCUCUGAAUUCACUAAGCCAAGUGACCAAACAAAAAGAGAACCCAAACCUGGACCAAGUCAUAACCAAGCAGCAAAUGACAUGGUCAAACCCAGAUCAGAGCAGAAAGUCAUAAUCUUGGAAGAAAGUAGCCUCCUUUUCCCAGAAAGUGAUCCUUUGGAAACUCAAAACCCGUCAUCUGAAGACUCAGAGACAGAACUUUUAUCAAAUCCUGAAGAGUCACCUGCUAUAGUAGAUGAUCAGACCAUUGAAGAAGACUGCUGGUUAGACCAUCCUUACUUCCAGUCUCUAAACCAACAGCCCCGUGAGAUAACAAACCAGGUUGUUCCUCAGGAGCGGCAGCCUGAAGCAGAACUGGUUCCCUUGUUGUUUCAGCAUGAUCUUCCAGGGCCAGCUUUUCCAAGGCCAGUUUUUCCAAGACCAGAACCCCAGCAGGAUGGGAUUCCUGGCUCCUCUUCCCCUCAGCCUGCCCAUCCUCUGGGAGAGUUUGAAGACCAACAAUUAGCAAUAGAUGAUGAAGAGCCAGGUCCAGCCUUUCCAAUGCAAGAAUCUCAGGAGCCCAACUUGGAAAACAUUUGGGGGCAAAAAGCUGCAGAGGUAGAUCAAGAGCUCGUUGCACUGUUAGUGAAGGAAACAGAAGCAAGAUUUCCAGAUGUAGCAAAUGGGUAUAUUGAAGAAAUAAUACAUUUGAAGAAUUAUUAUGAUUUGAAUGUACUUUGUAAUUUUCUUCUGGAAAAUCCAGAUUACCCAAAAAGAGAAGAUAGAAUUAUUAUAAAUCCCAGUAGUAGCCUGUUGGCCAGUCAAGAUGAGACGAAGUCGCCGCGGGUGGAUUUUUUCGACUAUACCAAGCUGGUUCCCCUUGACCAGCGCUGCUUCAUCCAGGCUGCUGACCUCCUCAUGGCCGACUUCAAGAUGCUCAGCAGUCAGGACAUCAAGUGGGCCCUGCACGAGCUCAAGGGACACUAUGCAAUCACCCGAAAGGCCUUUUCUGACGCCAUUAAAAAAUGGCAGGAGCUAUCACCAGAAACCAGUGGGAAAAGGAAGAAAAGAAAAGAAAUGAAUCAAUAUUCUUACAUUGAUUUCAAAUUUGAACAAGGUGACAUAAAAAUAGAAAAGAGGAUGUUCUUUCUGGAAAACAAGCGGCGACAUUGUAGGUCGUAUGACCGGCGUGCCCUCCUUCCAGCUGUGCAACAAGAGCAGGAGUUCUAUGAGCAGAAAAUCAAAGAGAUGGCGGAGCAUGAAGACUUUUUACUUGCCUUGCAGAUGAAUGAAGAACAGUAUCAAAAGGAUGGCCAGCUGAUUGAAUGCCGCUGCUGCUAUGGGGAAUUUCCAUUCGAGGAGCUGACGCAGUGCGCAGAUGCCCACUUAUUCUGCAAAGAAUGUCUCAUCAGAUAUGCCCAAGAGGCAGUGUUUGGUUCUGGAAAGUCAGAGCUCAGCUGCAUGGAAGGCAGCUGCACAUGUUCAUUCCCAACCAGCGAACUGGAGAAGGUGCUUCCCCAGACCAUCCUUUAUAAAUACUAUGAGCGAAAAGCCGAGGAAGAAGUUGCAGCAGCCUACGCUGAUGAGCUUGUCAGGUGCCCCUCCUGUAGCUUUCCUGCACUGUUGGACAGUGAUGUGAAGAGGUUCAGUUGUCCUAAUCCUCGCUGCCGAAAGGAAACCUGUAGGAAGUGUCAGGGACUCUGGAAAGAACACAAUGGCCUCACCUGUGAGGAGCUGGCUGAAAAAGAUGACAUCAAGUACCGUACCUCUAUUGAAGAAAAAAUGACUGCUGCCCGCAUUAGAAAAUGCCACAAGUGUGGGACUGGUCUCAUCAAAUCUGAAGGCUGCAACCGCAUGUCUUGUCGCUGUGGUGCCCAAAUGUGCUACCUCUGUCGAGUGUCUAUCAAUGGGUAUGACCAUUUUUGCCAGCAUCCCCGGUCACCAGGAGCCCCUUGUCAGGAGUGUUCAAGAUGCUCUCUCUGGACUGACCCCACUGAAGAUGAUGAGAAGCUUAUUGAGGAAAUCCAGAAGGAGGCUGAAGAGGAACAGAAAAGAAAGAAUGGAGCAUCCCAUCUCCCUUUCAGAGAACACCUUCAAACGCAUCGGUCCCCCACUGGAGAAGCCUCCCGAGAAGGUGCAAAGAGUAGAAGUCCUCCCAAGGCCUGUCCCUCAGAACCUACACCAGCCACAGAUGCCUCCCUAUGCCUUCGUGCACCCACAUUUCCCCCUGCCGCCGGUCAGGCCCAUGUUCAACAACUUCCCGCUCAACAUAGGCCCCAUCCCAGCACCCUAUGUGCCCCCUCUGCCCAACGUACGGGUCAACUACGACUUUGGCCCUGUCCACAUGCCCCUGGAGCACAACCUGCCUAUGCACUUUGGCCCCCAGCCGCGGCAUCGCUUCUGAUGGCCCAGAGCCCUGCCUGAUUCCCACCCCCCCAGAGUCCCAACCAGGCGGUCGUGGAGCCCCUGUGAGCAGGCUGAAGGAGAAAGGACUUGUCCCACACUCCCUGGGCAAAUAGCAUCACUAAUGCCUUCCAAGGAGAGGUGGAGGGUUUGACUUUCUGGACGAUAGGUUGGUGCACUCCCAACCUCCCAGAAAGAGCCACUGCUCCUUGAAGGGUGGCCAUAAGCUGAUGACCCUCCAGGUGCUUGUACUGGGAUCGAUCUCUCUCACUGGGCCAGAGAAAAAAGGGCAACAAAACCCUCUUCCUGAAGAGGUCUGCCAUCUCAGCAACCUGUGCAAUGGCCCUGUCUCUGCUGUGUCACUCAAAUCCCUGCAGAAAAAGAUAGAGAAAAUGAUUUUCCUCCAUUUCUGCUCCCCAAGCAAGUAACAGAAGAACACUCAGAAUUAAAAACCACAUAGGCCUCCUUUCCCACAGCACCAGUGGAUCCAUAAUAAAGAUGAAAUAGCAAAUAGUGGGGUUUGGAGAGAACUGAGAGAUUGGCACUGCCACCCAUGCCCGGGGCCCAUCAAGAGUAAACCCUUCUGCUCUGUGUCACGGCAUAGUCCAAGGUCAGGGAGCUAUAAGCAUUGCCUUUGAGACCCAGAGGCUCAGGCUAGGGGCAUCAAAGGAGAACUUGGGGUUAGUCCAGAGAAGUAGCAGAGCCAUCCACAGAUCUGGGAAGUCCCAUGCACUGAGCUGUGCACUAUGGCCCCUCAGGACAUUGCCCAGUGUCAGGAGGGCAAGACACUGACCCUCACAUCCAUGCCCAGAUGCCACCAUGGUGACCAUUCAGGCGGCCUCUCUUUUAAGGCCUGUUUAGAUCAAAAAGCAGUAGAGAACCAUCUUGUGGUGUGUGUUUUUUUCUGUCAUUCAUCUAAAAUGUUUGUUCCUGUUUACUCUGAAUUUAUCCAGUUUUCGGUGGCCUACUUGAAUUUCUAGAAAGUCAAACUGAGAAAUCAGUUACCCAGGCCAAGCAGCUGCUAAAGGCUGGAUAGUUCUGAAACUUUGGCCAAACAAAAGAUCUUGGGGUAGCUGGGAGAGGCCUAACCAUCCUGAUGGGCAGUCCCAUUGCUGGAGGAGCACUCACCAGAUGAUGACAGUUUCACCCCCAAGAUUUUCUGGGGGAAGAAGUGGGUUUCCCUAGAGGGCAGAUAACUCCAGAUGCUACCUGGCUGGGUGCCCACACAAGGCACUACUGGCCUGCUAGCUGUUGCUGCACUCUGUGGGGGCAAUGCCCAGCUCCUCGCUUACUCCUGUUAUGUUUUUUCAGUAGUUGGUGGUGGAGGUAGUUGGAAGGUGAUGGCCUGGCCCCUGGGGGAUGAGGGGAGCUGUCGGUGCCCCAGGUCGGAUGAGAGCUCAACCAGCCUGCCUGCCACAUUCCCAGCCACCUUCCUUCAUGUCUGGUCCAGGUCUCUGGCUGUACCUGCGGAAUGGCAGCAGACGUCACUUUGUCCUCCAGUGUUGGAAGACACUUCCUUGUCCUGUUGCCAUGGGGUUCUGAGAGGUUGGGAGUGCACAGAUCUCAAAGACGUGGUUGUGCCCAUUGCCUUUGGGCUAUGCUGUGUGUGGCCCCUAGCAGGGCUCUGCCAUCCGGGGUGUCAUGAAGUGGGCACUAUCUUACCACUGGUGGCUCCUCAGAGGUAUUUCAAGGAUUGAAGUGGAAAAAAUGUCUUAGAUGCCCGUUCUUUCUGCCUUUCCUCAGGAUGCAGGCUUAGAAGACAAGCGGUCCCCCAGGCAGUGGCUGGGGGUUGCAGCCACUGCCCUAGAGCCCCUCCUGUUGGGCUGCUUAAACUUUGCUACUAGCCUGAAUGACAGUGCCUUGGAAAGGCGGGCUCCAUAGGGCAGUGACAGGAUUCUAAUGUACCUUAAAUGCAAGUUCCCUGGGCUUCCCUAGGGAGGGACUCUGGGAACAGAGAGCUCUAGCAGAUGGGAUGUGGCUCCUUCAAGGGGCAGAGACCGGACUAAGGGCUCUGGCUGUUUCUGUGGCAGCUUCAAGGACAGUCCUGGGUUGCAUUGCAUGGCAGGUCCCAGCCCUGCCAGGGUAGAGGGGAGACCUGAGUGAUGUUGCCCCUAAGGCCCCAAUCCUAGUUCUAGCUGUUUCUGGCCACACUUACCCUGUAGGGAGGGAACUAAUGCCUUUCAUCUGAUUCCUAAUAGUCCCUGAGCUGAUUACAGGCAGCCCUCAGGCUGCACACAAGCAUGGUAGCCAACUCCCAAAGUGGCCAGAAUGACCUGGACUCUGCAGACCCCAGUGUUCAGAGGUGGAAGACUGUGCCUUGGGCCCCUCCUGCCUGUACUGGUGACAGGGCUGGAGAGAAAAGAGCCUGGUGGUCUCUGACUGGCCAGCAAGUGUCUGGUUCAGGAGACCCUGGGGCAGCUGGCACCUUCAUUCUGGGCCACAGGCCUCACUCCCCAUGGGAUGAGAUUGUCCAGUGAUAGUCCCAUUUUACUUGCCUUAAAACUGGAGAAAGGAAUCUAGUCCUGCACUUAGCAAAAGAUUUAAAGGCUGAAAAAAAAAAUGUGCAUGAUCUGUCUCUUUGUAUAAAAACAGCAAAAAAUGAUAAGCAGUUCAUUACAGUUUUUCUUUACCUUCUGGUAGUAAAAAUAGAUUAAAUCUGUUUAAACUACUGUGUGUAAAAAGCUUGUAUAAUAUGUAACUCAGACUUUUGUAAAUAAAUGUUUGUGCACUCUGCUC